AUAGUCCUCAAGGCCAGUGAAGAGUGCUGAGCAGUAUCAAAGUUCAAAAAGAGCGAAAGAUAUUUAUAGCAAAUGGCAUCCUCUGUGAUUUCCUCGACCGCUGCGGUCGCCGUCCGUGCCAGCCCUGCCCAGGCUAGCAUGGUCGCACCGUUCACUGGCCUCAAGUCAACUUCUGGCCUUCCCGUCGCUAGGAAGUCCAACGACAUUACUUCUCUCACUAGCAAUGGGGGAAGAGUGCAGUGCAUUCAGGUGUGGCCCACACAAGGAAAGAAGAAGUUUGAGACUCUUUCCUACCUUCCUGACCUGACCAGAGAGCAGUUGGCUUCAGAAAUUGACUACCUUAUCCGCUCCAAAUGGAUUCCUUGCGUCGAGUUCGAGCUCGAGCACGGAUUUGUGUACCGUGAAAACCACAGGUCACCAGGGUACUACGACGGACGUUACUGGACAAUGUGGAAGUUGCCCAUGUACGGGUGCACUGACUCCGCCCAAGUGUUGCUGGAGGUUGACGAGGCUGUAAGGGCACACCCUGACGCCUUCGUUAGAAUCAUUGGAUUCGACAACGUGCGCCAAGUCCAGUGCAUCAGUUUCAUUGCCUACAAGCCACCGGGCUACUAAAAUUCAUAAGAGACUCAUCUUGUACCUUUGUUUUUCUGUGUCGUUUUUUCUCUCCAUUUUUUAUGGAUUUGGUGUUUGUUGUUGAGAACAAGUGUACCCAAUUCGAACUUGUUUUAUCUUCCUAAAAGUCAA